GUGCCCUGCAGAGCGGUUGCCGUUGAGAUCAUUUUACACUGGAGGAAAUAUUUGAUUAAAGUGUGCGGAUUUAAAGCAACUGAUAAAGAAGCGUCAAACCUGCUAAACAAAGUGCCCAAAGAGGACAGAAUUGAAUGAAAUUAAGGAUAAGAUGUCCCAUUUCGUCUGUCCCACCAUUCAGCAUUAUCUUCAACACAGAGCUCUGUUCCUUAAUUGAUUCCUUAUCAAGGAUUCUCCAGGAGUGAUUGUAUACAAUGAUAAUCAAUCAACUUACUUUACUCGUGCUGUUCUGCUUGCUGGGCUGCAGCAGUGCACUGAUCCGUCCGGUGCCAGGAAUUAGCAAGUUGGACCGGGAUGGACAGACUCUACACCGCACUAAACGAGGAUGGAUGUGGAAUAGUUUCUUUCUCUUAGAGGAAUGGACAGGAAAUGGAAAGCAGUAUGUCGGAAAGCUACACUCAGACAUGGAUACAGAAGAUGGCUCAGUGAAAUAUGUCCUCACAGGAGACGGGGCUGGAACAAUUUUUGAGAUUGAUGAGAAUUCCGGUGAUAUUCAUGCCACCCGAAGGCUAGACAGGGAAGAGAAAGCGUCGUACACCCUGAGCGCCAAAGCUGUCAACAAAUCCUCUGGGCAGGAUUUGGAGAGGGGCUCGGAAUUUGUCAUCAAAAUCCAUGACAUCAAUGACAAUGAGCCAAAGUUUGCCAAGGACAGUUAUGUGGCCAGUGUAGCAGAGAUGUCUAAUGUUGGUGCAUUUGUAAUGAAAGUUACCGCCACCGAUGCAGAUGAUGAAUCAUAUGGAAACAGCGCCAAGCUGGUUUACAGCAUACUGCAGGGCCAGCCAUAUUUCUCAAUUGAACCUGAGACUGGCGUCAUAAGGACGGCUCUGCCAAACAUGAUUCGAGAGAACCGCGAGCACUAUCAGGUGGUGAUUCAAGCUAAGGACAUGGCUGGACAGAUGGGCGGUCUCUCUGGGACCACUACAGUAAACAUCACCCUGAUGGAUGUCAACAAUAGUCCUCCUCGAUUCCCCCACAGUACCUACCAUCUCUCCACUCCUGAAUCAGCCGAAAUCGGAUCGUCGGUUGGCCGGAUCAAAGCGUAUGAUGCUGACUUUGGAGAGAAUGCGGAGAUGUGGUACUCUAUUCUGGAUGGCGAUGGGCAAGAUACAUUCAAUAUAAUCACAGACGGAAUGAGUCAAGAAGGCGUGAUAACGGUAAAGAAGCCAAUAGAUUACGAGAGUAAGAGGUUGUACUCGCUAAGGGUGCAGGUGACCAACACACAUAUAGAUCGACGCUUUGAGCACCUGGGGCCGUUCAGCGACACAGCGAUGGUCAGAAUCACAGUCACGGAUGUUGACGAACCUCCGGUCUUCAGUCGGGCCAUGUACAUUUUAGAGGUGGACGAAGACACCCCUGCUGGCAGCUCGAUUGGCACGGUAUCAGCCCGAGACCCUGAUAUGGCCAAUCACCUUGUCAAAUACACCAUUGAUCGCCACACAGACCUGGAGAGGCUGUUUAACAUUGAUUCCAACAAUGGGACCAUCAUCACACUGCAAGCUCUGGACAGAGAAACCUCAAAAUGGCACAACAUCUCAGUCCUGGCAACAGAACUUAGUACUGCCCUGCAAACCAGAGUGCCAGUGUUCAUCAAAGUGCGAGACGUGAAUGACAAUGCUCCUGAGUUUGCCAUGUACUACGAGACCUUUGUCUGCGAGAAUGUCAAAGCCGGUCAGCUCAUCCAGACCAUAAGCGCUGUGGACACAGAUGAACCUCUUGUUGGUCACAAGUUUGUUUUCAGUCUCAGCACCAUCAAUCCAAACUUCACUAUUUUAGACAAUGAAGAUAACACAGCAAGGAUUUUAACACGCAGAGGUGGCUUCAAAAGAAGAGAGAUGAGCUCGUACCUGCUGCCUGUUGUUAUCUCAGACAACGAUUACCCAAUCCAGAGCAGCACCAGCACGCUGACAGUCAGGGUCUGCGCCUGCGACAGCCGUGGGAAUGUGCAGACGUGCAGUACGGAAGCCCUGCUUCUCUCAGCCGGACUUAGCACCGGAGCUCUGGUGGCCAUUCUACUCUGCAUUAUAAUAUUACUGAUGAUUGUGGUAUUGUUUGCGGCCCUGCGGCGACAAAAGAAAAAGGAGCCUCUGAUCAUUUCGAAAGAAGACGUGAGGGAUAACGUGGUGAGCUAUAACGAUGAGGGCGGUGGAGAGGAGGACACACAAGCAUUUGACAUCGGAACUCUUCGCAACCCCGAGGUCAUCGAUACCAACAAACUUCGCAGGGAUAUAAUACCUGAAAUGCUUUUUCCAUUCCGUCGCUCGUCUCCUAUCAAAGAUAACACAGAUGUGAGAGACUUCAUCAACGGACGACUGCAAGAGAAUGACUCGGAUCCCACAGCACCCCCAUAUGACUCCUUGGCUACAUAUGCCUAUGAAGGCAAUGGCUCUUUGGCGGAGUCUCUGAGCUCUUUGGAAUCAGCAGCCACCGAGGGUGACCAGGAGUUUGAUUAUCUGAGUCACUGGGGUCCACAGUUCAAAAAACUGGCAGAUAUGUACAUAGGGCAGGAGUCCCAUAGAGAGACUUAAAGAGGAUUAUGCCACACAGCACACUUAAAUAUACUGUACUGUAUCUCAGAGCACUAAAUUAAUGUAUACAUGCUGAAGUCUCCACCCUUCAAUCUCUGCUGUGUAAUGCAUAUAGAAUCAAUUAAGACUUGAACAUCAUGCUCAACAACUGGGAGCUCUUCAAAUAGACAGCGCAAUGGGGCCCAAACACUUUUUUUCAGUAUUUUCCCCAUUCAUUUUCUUCAAAAAAAAAAUACAAAAUACAAAAAGCUUAGAGUAAUAAGAAAUUAACUAAAUCAUCCAGCUCUGAUAUAAAUCAUAACAUUUUAUGUACUGUAAAUCUGAAGAAAAAAAAAAAAGACAAAAGGUGAUGAAAACAUGAUGAAAAUGAUGGCCCAAUCUAAAAUUAUUGACUUAUAUUGAAAGAGUUUACAUAUGAAAAACUAUAUUUAUUAAUUUAUUUAUAUACUCAAAAAAAAAAUUAUAAAAGAAGCCAAAAAAUAAUUAAAUUGAGUUUAUCGCACAAUACUCAAAUAUUCACUGGGCAUGUUUUGUUUUUUUUAAAACAAACAGAUUUGUGGUAUCUGUCUUCUCCUAAAUGGAUAAUUCACCCCAAAAAUGAAAAUGUUGUCAUCAUUUACUCAUGUUAUUACAAACCUAUGUUACUUUCUUUCUUACUUGGAACACAAAAGGAAUUGUUAGGCAGAAUGUUAGCCUCAGUCACAAUCCACUUCCAUUGUAUUAUAGGGGUCAUGAAUUGCUAUUUUUUUCCAAUAAUUGUAUAAUCUACCCUGAGGUCCACUGAUAUUGUCAGCAAAGUUUUUGGCACCAAAAGUGUCAAUAAUAAGUGAUCAUUUUCCAACCUGUCUCUGGCCUUCUGACUGAAACGCUCAGUUUUGGCCAAAGUGUCUCCUUUAAUCUUCAAUCUUCAAAUUGGCUAACAUCGUGCAGCCCCUAAGAUUCAGCCAUAUUUGAAACUCAAUUGGAUGAGAAUAAACAAGCUCUCCACAACAUUAUACAACUAAAUUUCAGGGUUUACACAUAACGCACAUCCAACACAUUGCAUCUGAAUAUAUUAAAAUAUUCACUCAAGCACAUCAGAAUUUUUUUGCUCACAAAUUUUCAGUCAAAUCAAGUUUUUACACAUUCUUCUUCAAUAACAGUUCCUUUGCAACACUUGAAUAUAUUAUGACUGGUUCAAUUCACAAGCAGUCCACGAUGAUAUUCUCACAUACACAGUCCAUAGCAUGGUAAAACAUGAUGAACACACAUUGGUGCAAUGAGGUGCAGAUUGCCAGAAAAGCAUUCAAAUGGUCAAAAACGUCCAGCCAGUGCUUGUUUAUAUACUGUACACAAUUAAAAACAGCACAGAUGGGAGCAAGAACAGCAAGCAGAGGAGCUGAAUGAAACUGAAUUGCAUCUCAGUUUCUGAAUUGUAACUUGAUACCGUGUCUUUUAAAAGCAGCACGAUGAACAUGAAAUCUGUCAAAGAUGUCUGUGUAAUGCAUGUGUCAUAUGCACAAAAAAAAUUGUAAAUAGUCCAGAAGGGUCCCCUUGGUGCUCAAAAAUAGUUGGUCACAUUAGGUCUAUCUCUCUGCCUCUCUGUUUAAAAUACGAACUGAACACCAGUGGGCGGGGCCAAGGGUGUGAUGACACAUAUUGUGGGGUGUGUAAAUACAACUGAGCAAUGUCUUGUGAUGUCAUAAACACACAGUUUUCAAAACUAGAAGUUUCAAACAGGUGGGAACUAUAAAUGCUAUUUUUAGACCAGGGAGAAAGUUUUGUGUUCUGAAAUUUACAAUCUAAAUAUUUAGGGAAAUUUGAUUUUCCAUUUUCAUGACCCCCUUAAAAAAAUUCAUGAAAUAUAUAUUUUUUUAAAGAUUCAAUAGAAGUAAAUGGAGACUAUGAUGUUAACAUUUUGUGCUCCAUGGAAGAAAGAAAGUCUUGUGCAUUAUCAUUAAAAAUCUAUUUCUCAAUGGAGAAAAUGAAUGGGAUUUUUACAUCUGGAAACCUAUUCUUGCGCUCUUCCCUGCUCUUUCCCUUUUUGUCUUCUUUAACUUUGUCUCCUUCUUCUGGUCUUUCUCGCUUUCUUUCUCCCGCAAAAGAAUCAUUAAAGAUGCCUUUUAAGAUUAGGGAUUUGUUGUAAUCAAUGGUGUGGAUAAUGUGUUUUAUAACCAAGGUGAUAGUAGCUUUCUACACUAUCGAUGUUUAUGGCAAAAAAAAAAAAAAAAAAAAAAAAAAAAAACAAGAAAAUUGUGAGAAAAAAAAAAGCUUAGCUUUUAUUGCAGAUCAAGUCUAAAAUAGGUACAGUAUAUGUAUAAUAUGUUUUACAAGUAUGAUCAUUAUGUAAACUACUUGAUAUCUCUGUUUAAGAGGCAGUUUUCCUGUGGAAGGUUUAUAUAGGUUCUGUCAAACUGUGGAUUCAUUUCAGCACAUAGAGUUAAACACUGUAAAAUGACGUGUGUAUUUGUAGAAAAUAGGUCAUUUUGUUCAUGUUGUUUGAAUGCUGUCACAUUGUUUUAUACAGUAUUUAUAUUUUUAUACUUAUUUUGAUAAUAAAGUUUUUAAAAUCUU